AUGUCAAUACCGCCGUAUAUGAUACCGCCGAAUGCGUGGGCUGCCCAGUUGAUGGCCCAGCAGGCUUAUGCGGCAGCGCAGGCACAGCAUCAACUGCACGCGCAGCAGCAAAUGGCCAACCAGAUACAGCAAAUUCCUCCGCCGGGUACACCUCUACCGCCUCCAGGAGGGAUGAACGCGGGUGGUAUGCCAGCACCGGCAGGACCUCCGCAGCCUCUGGGACAUAUUCCAGCUCCCAAGUCUGACAUAAUGACAGAGGAAAAACUGCAAGAAAAGGCGAUGAAAUGGCAGCAUUUACAAUCCAAACGCUUUGCGGAAAAACGUAAAUUCGGAUUCGUUGACACACAGAAAGAGGAUAUGCCGCCAGAGCACAUUCGAAAAAUAAUCAGGGAUCACGGCGAUAUGACAUCCCGCAAGUAUCGACACGACAAGCGCGUCUAUCUAGGUGCCCUGAAAUACAUGCCUCACGCAGUGCUUAAAUUGCUGGAGAACAUGCCCAUGCCUUGGGAGCAGAUCCGGGAUGUGCAGGUGUUGUAUCAUAUUACCGGCGCUAUCACGUUUGUCAAUGAAAUACCUUGGGUUAUUGAACCCGUCUACAUUGCGCAAUGGGGUACAAUGUGGAUUAUGAUGCGCCGUGAAAAGCGCGAUCGUCGCCAUUUUAAGCGUAUGAGGUUCCCGCCAUUCGACGAUGAAGAACCUCCAUUAGAUUAUGCCGACAAUGUGUUGGAUGUUGAACCACUGGAAGCAAUACAAAUUGAGUUAGAUAACGACGAAGACAAUGCCGUUUACAAAUGGUUCUAUGAUCAUCGUCCAUUGGUUGAUACGCCCUAUGUAAAUGGAUCAACCUACCGCAAGUGGAAUCUAUCGUUGCCACAACUUGCUACACUCUACCGAUUAGCUAAUCAAUUGCUUACUGAUUUGGUUGACAAUAACUUCUUCUAUCUAUUUGAUCCGAAGAGCUUCUUUACUGCAAAGGCGCUUAAUAUGGCCAUUCCUGGUGGGCCUAAAUUUGAGCCGCUGAUAAAAGAUCAUAAUGUCGGUGACGAGGACUGGAACGAGUUUAACGAUAUAAACAAGGUGAUCAUACGUCAGCCCAUUCGCACGGAGUAUCGCAUUGCGUUCCCCUAUCUCUACAAUAACAUGCCCCAUUUUGUUCAUCUGAGCUGGUACCACACUCCAAACGUGGUCUAUAUCAAGACCGAAGAUCCGGAUUUGCCAGCAUUCUACUUUGAUCCCCUUAUUAAUCCCAUAUCCCAUCGCAAUGCAAACUCCAAACAACCAGAGCCUUUGCCCGAUGACGAUGAAGAAUUUACGUUACCGGACGAUGUGCAACCGUUCCUGCAGGAUACGCCGCUCUACACUGACAAUACGGCCAACGGCAUCGCAUUGCUUUGGGCACCGAGACCAUUUAAUAUGCGAUCGGGACGUUCUCGUCGUGCCAUCGAUGUACCCUUGGUCAAGUGUUGGUAUAAGGAACAUUGCCCCCCGGGUCAUCCAGUUAAAGUGCGUGUCAGCUACCAAAAGUUGCUCAAAUAUUAUGUUCUGAAUGCCCUGAAGCAUCGGAAGCCCAAGCCUCAAAAGAAACGCUAUCUUUUCCGCUCGUUCAAGGCUACCAAGUUCUUUCAGACAACCACAUUGGAUUGGGUUGAAGCCGGACUUCAAGUUUGCCGUCAGGGGUACAACAUGCUGAAUCUGCUUAUACAUCGCAAGAAUCUGAAUUAUUUGCAUUUGGAUUACAAUUUUAAUUUGAAGCCCGUAAAAACGCUGACUACUAAGGAAAGAAAGAAGUCUCGAUUCGGCAAUGCUUUCCAUUUGUGCCGUGAGAUUCUACGCCUUACCAAACUAAUUAUCGACUCGCAUGUGCAGUAUCGCCUAAACAAUGUAGACGCUUUUCAACUGGCCGAUGGUCUGCAGUACAUCUUUGCACAUGUUGGUCAACUGACGGGCAUGUACCGCUACAAAUACAAACUUAUGCGUCAAAUACGCAUGUGCAAGGAUUUGAAACAUUUGAUCUACUAUCGUUUCAACACCGGACCUGUGGGCAAAGGGCCUGGUUGCGGCUUCUGGGCUCCAGGCUGGCGUGUGUGGCUAUUUUUCAUGCGUGGAAUUACACCUCUUUUGGAGAGAUGGUUGGGCAAUUUACUGUCCCGCCAAUUUGAGGGUCGUCACUCGAAGGGUGUGGCGAAGACAGUAACCAAACAGCGUGUUGAGUCACAUUUCGACUUGGAGUUGCGUGCUUCGGUUAUGCACGACAUUGUGGACAUGAUGCCCGAGGGUAUCAAGCAGAAUAAGGCGCGUACCAUUCUGCAGCAUUUGUCGGAGGCGUGGCGCUGCUGGAAGGCUAAUAUACCCUGGAAGGUACCCGGUCUACCGAUUCCAAUUGAAAAUAUGAUUCUGCGUUAUGUAAAAAUGAAGGCCGAUUGGUGGACAAACACCGCGCACUACAAUCGAGAACGUAUUCGGCGAGGCGCCACCGUCGAUAAGACUGUUUGCAAGAAGAAUUUAGGACGUUUGACUCGCUUGUAUUUGAAGGCAGAGCAGGAGCGACAACACAACUAUUUAAAAGACGGUCCUUACAUAUCUCCUGAAGAGGCAGUGGCUAUAUACACGACAACAGUGCAUUGGUUGGAGUCGCGCCGCUUUGCGCCAAUACCCUUCCCACCGCUUUCCUAUAAGCACGAUACAAAACUGUUGAUUCUGGCGUUGGAGCGCCUCAAAGAGGCGUACAGUGUAAAAUCGCGUCUAAACCAAAGCCAACGCGAGGAAUUGGGCCUCAUUGAACAAGCGUAUGACAAUCCCCACGAGGCGCUGUCACGUAUCAAGCGUCAUCUCUUGACGCAGCGAGCCUUUAAGGAGGUGGGCAUCGAGUUUAUGGACUUGUAUAGUCAUCUGAUACCCGUCUACGAAGUAGAACCUCUUGAAAAAAUCACUGAUGCGUAUUUGGAUCAAUAUCUUUGGUAUGAGGCGGACAAGCGACGCCUGUUUCCACCCUGGAUUAAGCCCAGCGAUACAGAACCGCCACCACUUUUGGCCUACAAAUGGUGCCAAGGCAUUAACAAUCUGCAGGAUGUGUGGGAUGUCGGUGAGGGUGAAUGCAAUGUUCUCCUGGAGUCACGGUUCGAGAAACUGUACGAAAAAAUCGAUUUAACAUUGCUAAAUCGUCUGUUGCGUUUGAUUGUGGACCACAACAUUGCCGAUUAUAUGACGGCUAAAAAUAACGUGGUCAUCAAUUACAAGGAUAUGAAUCAUACGAACAGUUAUGGCAUUAUACGCGGUCUACAGUUUUCAUCGUUUAUAACACAGUACUAUGGAUUGGUGCUUGAUUUGCUUGUACUGGGCCUGCAUCGUUCCAGCGAAAUGGCUGGACCCCCACAAAUGCCGAACGAUUUUCUCACAUUCCAGGACGCAGUUACUGAAACAGCACAUCCAAUUCGUCUUUAUUGCCGAUACGUGGAUCGCAUUCACUUGUUCUUCAGAUUUUCAGCCGAAGAGGCACGUGAUUUAAUUCAACGCUACUUGACGGAGCAUCCUGAUCCGAAUAAUGAGAACAUUGUGGGUUAUAAUAACAAGAAAUGCUGGCCAAGAGAUGCACGCAUGCGUUUAAUGAAGCACGAUGUUAAUCUGGGACGCGCUGUUUUCUGGGACAUCAAAAAUCGUUUGCCUCGUUCAGUUACCACAAUUGGUUGGGAGAACACAUUCGUAUCGGUCUAUUCAAAGGACAAUCCAAAUUUACUUUUCAAUAUGAGUGGUUUCGAAUGCCGCAUUUUGCCAAAGUGCCGCACACAAAACGAAGAAUUCACACAUCGUGAUGGUGUCUGGAAUUUGCAAAACGAAAUAACCAAAGAGCGUACCGCUCAGUGUUUCCUGCGCGUGGAUGACGAGUCUUUGGGCCGUUUCCACAAUCGUGUGCGUCAGAUUUUGAUGGCUUCGGGCUCAACAACCUUUACAAAGAUUGUUAACAAAUGGAACACGGCGCUGAUAGGACUGAUGACGUAUUUCCGAGAGGCGGUUGUCAAUACACAAGAAUUGCUGGAUCUGCUAGUGAAGUGCGAGAACAAGAUUCAAACUCGUAUAAAGAUCGGCUUGAACUCGAAAAUGCCUUCGCGUUUCCCACCUGUAGUAUUCUAUACACCAAAAGAACUCGGUGGUCUUGGCAUGUUGAGCAUGGGCCACGUGUUGAUUCCACAAUCAGAUUUGCGUUGGUCGAAACAAACAGAUGUGGGCAUUACUCAUUUCCGGUCUGGUAUGUCGCACGAUGAGGAUCAAUUGAUUCCGAAUCUAUACCGCUACAUACAGCCGUGGGAGAGUGAGUUUAUAGACUCGCAGCGAGUGUGGGCAGAGUAUGCGCUGAAGCGUCAAGAGGCCAACGCACAAAAUCGGCGCCUUACAUUGGAAGAUCUGGAGGAUAGCUGGGAUCGCGGCAUACCGCGCAUCAACACACUCUUCCAGAAGGAUCGUCACACACUCGCUUACGACAAAGGCUGGCGCAUCCGCACCGAAUUCAAACAGUACCAGGUUCUGAAGCAGAAUCCAUUCUGGUGGACACACCAACGGCACGACGGUAAAUUGUGGAACCUGAACAAUUAUCGUACAGACAUGAUACAGGCUCUAGGUGGCGUUGAGGGUAUUUUGGAGCAUACAUUAUUUAAGGGAACCUAUUUCCCCACAUGGGAGGGUCUCUUCUGGGAGAAGGCAUCUGGCUUCGAGGAGUCCAUGAAGUACAAAAAGCUUACAAAUGCUCAGCGUUCCGGUCUCAAUCAGAUACCGAAUCGUCGCUUCACACUAUGGUGGUCACCAACGAUUAACCGCGCUAACGUUUACGUGGGUUUCCAGGUGCAACUCGAUUUGACGGGUAUUUUCAUGCACGGCAAAAUUCCAACUCUGAAGAUAUCACUGAUUCAAAUAUUCAGAGCUCACUUGUGGCAGAAAAUCCAUGAAUCUAUUGUGAUGGAUUUGUGUCAAGUAUUUGAUCAGGAACUGGAUGCCUUGGAAAUUGAAACUGUGCAAAAGGAAACGAUUCAUCCGCGUAAGUCAUACAAAAUGAACUCGUCGUGUGCCGAUAUUCUGCUCUUCCCUGCCUACAAAUGGAAUGUGUCGCGCCCGUCUCUGCUAGCUGACACAAAGGACACAAUGGACAAUACUACAACGCAAAAAUAUUGGCUUGACAUACAGCUACGUUGGGGUGACUACGAUUCGCACGAUGUGGAACGCUAUGCUCGAGCCAAGUUCCUUGACUAUACGACAGAUAACAUGUCCAUAUAUCCGUCUCCAACUGGAGUUCUCAUUGCCAUUGAUUUGGCGUACAAUCUUCAUUCGGCUUAUGGCAAUUGGUUCCCGGGUUGCAAAACCCUCAUUCAGCAGGCCAUGGCCAAGAUAAUGAAAGCCAAUCCGGCCCUCUAUGUAUUGCGUGAACGCAUUCGCAAGGCCUUACAAUUGUACUCUUCCGAGCCGACGGAACCGUAUCUCAGUUCGCAGAACUACGGUGAACUGUUCUCAAACCAAAUAAUUUGGUUUGUGGACGAUACAAAUGUGUAUCGUGUAACCAUACACAAGACCUUUGAAGGCAAUUUAACCACAAAGCCCAUAAACGGCGCCAUUUUCAUAUUCAAUCCACGUACUGGCCAACUUUUCCUGAAGAUUAUUCACACGUCCGUGUGGGCCGGACAAAAACGUUUGGGUCAGUUGGCUAAAUGGAAGACAGCUGAGGAAGUUGCUGCCUUAAUUCGAUCGCUACCCGUGGAGGAGCAACCCAAACAGAUUAUUGUGACCCGUAAGGGUAUGUUGGAUCCGCUUGAAGUGCAUUUGCUUGAUUUCCCGAACAUUGUCAUCAAAGGUUCCGAGCUGCAAUUACCUUUCCAGGCUUGUCUCAAAGUGGAGAAGUUUGGUGACUUGAUUUUGAAGGCCACAGAACCGCAAAUGGUGCUCUUUAACCUCUAUGAUGACUGGCUCAAAACUAUUUCUUCGUACACGGCCUUCAGUCGACUUAUCCUGAUACUACGUGCACUUCACGUCAACACUGAACGCACUAAGAUUAUCUUGAAGCCAGAUAAGACAACAAUUACAGAGGCGCAUCAUAUUUGGCCGACCUUAACUGACGAAGAAUGGAUAAAGGUUGAAGUCCAACUAAAGGAUCUUAUUCUUGCUGAUUAUGGCAAAAAGAACAAUGUGAAUGUGGCUUCGCUUACACAGUCUGAGAUUCGUGAUAUCAUAUUGGGUAUGGAGAUUAGUGCACCAUCAGCGCAACGUCAACAGAUUGCCGAGAUCGAAAAGCAAACCAAGGAGCAGAAUCAGCUGACAGCAACAACAACGCGCACGACAAACAAACACGGAGAUGAGAUUAUCACCUCGACGACGUCUAACUACGAAACCCAAACAUUCAGUUCGAAGACGGAGUGGCGUGUGCGUGCCAUUUCAGCAACUAAUUUGCACCUGCGAACAAAUCACAUUUACGUUAGUUCCGAUGACAUCAAGGAGACUGGCUACACAUACAUCCUGCCCAAAAAUAUCCUUAAGAAAUUCGUUACAAUAUCAGAUUUGCGUGCUCAAAUCGCCGGAUACCUUUAUGGUGUUAGUCCGCCAGAUAAUCCGCAGGUGAAGGAAAUACGUUGUAUUGUGAUGCCACCGCAGUGGGGCACGCAUCAGACUAUCAACCUGCCGAAUACGCUGCCCACGCAUCAGUACCUCAAGGACAUGGAGCCACUGGGCUGGAUACAUACGCAACCGAACGAGUUGCCGCAACUUUCCCCGCAGGAUAUCACAACCCAUGCCAAGAUCAUGCAGGAGAAUUCAAAUUGGGAUGGCGAAAAGACUAUUGUCAUCACAUGCUCAUUCACACCCGGAUCUUGUUCGCUGACAGCUUACAAACUAACACCGUCCGGCUUCGAAUGGGGCUCCAAAAAUACAGAUAAGGGCAACAACCCUAAGGGUUAUCUGCCCUCACACUAUGAGCGGGUUCAAAUGCUGCUGUCAAACAAAUUCCUGGGCUUCUUUAUGGUGCCGGCGCAAAGCAGUUGGAACUACAACUUUAUGGGUGUGCGACAUGAUCCCAACAUGAAAUAUGAACUGCAAUUGGCUAAUCCCAAGGAAUUCUAUCACGAAUUGCAUCGCACAUCGCAUUUCCUGCUUUUCUCAAAUCUGGAGGACGGUGGAGAUGGCGCCGGUGCUGAUCGCGAAGACGUCUACGCGUAGUCGAACAUAGACUUUACGGCAAACAAGUAACCUACUUAGCCCACUUAUAAGCGUUUUACAUAUGAACCCCCUUAGGUACAUUUUUAAUAAAGCCUUCAAUUAAUUUCAAACCCA